ACCUCGAAAUCACAAUCAAAGACCUUGAAGCAGAACUCAGAAAUAACGAAAUAAAGUUUAAAGCAGAAUGUAAAGAACUUGUAACAGAAUUAAAUUUGUUAAAAAACAAGAACAAAGAAGCUGAAACUAGACAAAAACAAUUGAAAAAUAAGAUCAACAAGAUAAUUAAAGAUCGUGACCAGCUAAUACAUACAAUAAAUGAUUUAUGA